AUGGACUUGCGCCUAGAUCUAGAUUACGGCCGUCUCCUGGACGAGACAGUCAGCUGGCUGACGGAAAACACACCAGCCCCCAGCACAGCAGCCACGAAUCCGGCUUUGCCCUCGACUCGCCCGCCACCAUCCUUGCUUGCAGCUCAGCCCAACCCUCACCCGACGCCGCCGAGCCACUCGAAUCGUCCUGGCGAAGCGCCCCGGAUGGCCCGUCCGGCCGACGCGCGACAGCUAAUCUUCAAGUUCGGCGUCGAAUUUCUCGAGGCGGGCAGCCCGCCGCACGAGCACGCCGUCCGCCGCGUCGAGAACGUACUGCACCACCACGCCGGCGAAAUCCAAAUCGGCGCCGCCGUCCGCCCUCCCGGCACGGAGGGCGUGACCAUCUGGGAGCUGCGUCGCAUCGCCGGCCCUGCGUCCGUCCACCCCGACGACUUCCUCUGGUUCGUGGACCUCGCGCCCCACCUGGGUCCGGCGCCGCGCACCGGCGGUCCCUGGACCGGCAUCAAGAUCAGCGGCCGGCUGUGCAUGGGUAACAGGGUGUUUGGCGACUUUGAGCAGCACUGCCGUCUGGUGGUGGACUCGUUGAGGGGGAGGACGACCGGCCGCACGGGCAACGUCCCGCCGUUGAGGACGCACAUCCCGAGGAACGCGACGACGUCGUUCUGGGUCGGCUUGAACAUGGGCAGCGACGUGUGGGAACCCACCGUCUUUCGCCGCCUGUACAUUUUCAUGUACCUGGUCGAGCCGAUCGUGUGCUCCAUGUUUGUGCCGUCGUGGCGCAGCCUCCAGGACGACGCGCCGUUCGUCAGCCUCCGCGACCAUGUGUCCACGCUGGCCAUCCCGCAGGCGCCCAUCGACGCCACCCUGGACAGGUUCCUCGGCACGGCGGCGGCGGGGCGGGACCUGCAGGUGAUCAACUGGAUGUGGACGUGCGAGUUUGGGCGGCUGCAGGAGCUGGUGCGGUCGACGAGCGCGCCACGGCUGGUCCUGCGCAGCCACCUCGUCGAGCCGGGCGCGGGGUCGUCGCCGUCGCCCAGGCAGAAGAACAUGGUCGAGUUUCGAUACCUGCCCGGGACGCUGGACAUGGCGCUGCUGCGGGGAUAUGCAGAAACGUGUCUCGCCGUUGUCUACUUUUCCAAGACGUCGGAUGAUUUCCAAUAUGCCGCCCUGCUGGAUGACAUUUGCGAGUGCUUGGAAGAGACCGGCGGCAUGGCGGAUGCGAGGCGUCUGCUGCUCCAAGGCCUGGGGUUUGGAACGGACGUUGCGGACUGGUGGGAGGUUGUCAUGCAGAGGCUCAAUGGUAGGCAUCGGGACUGA